AUGGCACCACCGGAUUCCCAACGCUGGACUUACACCGACUACGUAUGCUUUUUACGCAGCCAUGGGUUUCACAACCUCGCCUGUCUCGACGAAUUUCUUCAAUGGGGUGUUGAAGCUAAUCGCAUCCCCACCGUGCAACGACCUCAACGUGCCACAGCCAUCUUGUUGGAGUUUGGAACAUCAAGUUUCAGAACUUCUGAUCUCACAGACACCACGAAACUGAGAGUUCUGUUGAAAGAAUGGACAAGGAAAUCUCCCGGAACCCCCCCUCCUGCUCAGCCUGCUCAGCCUGCAUCUGGUGCUCAAGGACGUAUCAUCAUGGUCAAUAACAUCAAUCCUGAGAUGGUCGAUACCCUGGGUGCGCUGCUGAACAUCGAGCCAGCAUUCUUUGCUUUGCAUAUUGCUGAUCAUGGCAUUGGAGGCUCUGGGGACGUCAGCACAGCAUCACCACUAGCUUCUGCAAACUUACGCCAUCAAAAGCAAUUCUUCACCAUUGAGUACCCCUGUACAUUCGUCACCACAAAUUGUGGAAAAGAUGUCGACAUCGACAAGCUCUACUGCAAAGGAAAUUACCGUCGAAGGGUGGAGGUGUGUUCAAAACAUGGGAAACAAAAAGUCGCCCUUGCUCGUCGCAAGAUUUCAUUUUACAUGAAGAAGUCCCUUGAUCCGUGGUUAUGUGUCGUCCUCGUCGAUCCACCCAUUUCUUUCUUCACCAUCGGAGCUGAAUCAACGUUUGGAGCAUAUUCUCCGACACAACGCCUGGACGUCACUGGGUAUCAAGGAGGGUAUCUCGAUUUCCUUGAAGCCCGACGACCUCCGAGCAAAGAUGAGCACGACUACCGUGAUUGCGGAGCAAAAGCAAUGUGUCCGAACCCAUUCGAUGACCUAUGUCGACACUGGCAGAUAAUGGCUCGUGAUGGCGUCCUCAAUCCAUCCGAACGAGAUAUGGUCAACAUCAUGCGACCGGCUUUCCAAAUCGCUGCGAGUGAAUGUACCAAUUUCUUCGACUACAUCCGAGCGACGCUAGAAAGCCAACCUAUCUCUACGGCGCUAGCGUCGGAUCCUACCAAGACCAAAAGAAUUCUUGACAAAUGCGUGUCCCUCGACUCGAUGCUCAGUCGGUACAAACCGAUCCUGUCGCGGAUCAAGUCUUUUGUCUCCACAGACACGAACCUGAAUGACGACUACAGAAGCCUCCUAAUCGAUCUCCACCACUAUCGCGCCGAAUGCGAUUCGCAAAUGCAACACAUCCUCGCCGUUUCUCAAUGUCAAGACACCGCAUGUUUAACCUCGAUUGAAUCCGAAUCCGUCAGACAAGCAGACUACUCGCGGUAUCUGACAAUUAUUGCCCUGAUAUACGUUCCCUUCGCCCUCGCCUGCGCCAUCUUCAGUCUGCCGCAUCAGUUCGCCCCGGCGGCGCACUACCUUUACGGUUUCCUGCCCGCAACCGCCGGAGUGACGAUUCUAUUUCUCCUGCUUGUGCUGCCUGAGGCGCGGGAUCCACUACCGAGUAUCAAGGCUGCUUUCUGCGGCAAGUUGACACGGAAGAAACUGCUAGCGAAGCCCAGUAGCAACCGCAGUGUAAAGUCGAUGGGAAGUGAGAAGAAAUUCGUUGAGGAUGUAUAG